GACGCUUUUUAAAAACUUCCCUUUUCAACAUUUCGCAGUUUAUACAGAAAUAUUGCUCAAUGCAAAGCACAUCUCUAUUGUUUAGCUAUAUAGCUACGUCGCAAUGAUUAAGGCGUUAAGACCGCCUUUUGUAUGCCCUCAAUGCCGACUGGUUGGGCCCCAGAAUAAACAGCGUCUCUUGCGAGGCGUUGCGACGGCACGUCUAUUUUCCAACUCUUCCUUAAGAUAUAAUACCACCGAUACAACUCCUAGUAAUACAAUUUCUCACUCUGACGACAUACCCAUCUCAUCCCGACCUCCAACAGCUCCUAAGGCUACUAUCGAUAUCAAACAUAUCCGGCUGAACCCAGCCUUGUACGAACAGACAUGUCUUGAAAGGAAUUACAAGGCCCAGAGCACAUACCCCUCUCGCAUUAUUGACCUCUUUGAGCAAUGGCAGGCUCGACAAAGGGACGGUCGUAGUUUGCGCGAGCGCAGCAAUGCCUUACGUCGGCAGAUUGCGAACCCUGCUAGUAUACAGCACGAGGACGACGAGGCUGAGUCUGGAUCGGGAAAGACGGCGGGAGCUGCUAGUACUACAACAGUGGGGGAUAUAAAGACUAUGUCGAAGGAGCAGCUUAUCGAGGAGGCACGAGUAAUCAAGGAAAAAUUAUCGUCCAUUGAAGAAGACGAAGCUCGUCUCGAGGCGCAAAUGACAGAACUUGCCCUCGCCAUUCCUAAUAUAACUAGCGCCGAAACGCCCCGCGGCGAUGAGCCCCGGGUUCUUAGUUAUAUCAACGAGCAGCCGGAACCCGUAUCCUCCUCGUCAGAUCGCGUAUGGAGAUCACAUGUGCAUAUUGGGUCCGAAUUGGGUCUGCUCGAUUUCGCCGGCGCCGCCACGACUUCUGGUUGGGGGUGGUACUUCCUGAUAGACGAGGGCGCGCAGCUAGAACAGGCACUGAUCAGCUACGCCCUCGCCGUCGUGACCAAGCAGGGCUCUGGCUGGCGACAGGUCUCCCCGCCGAGCAUCGUAUAUAGCCACAUGGCCGCGGCCUGCGGGUUCCAGCCGCGCGAUCAGAACGGCGAGCAGCAGAUAUAUACGCUAGCCCAAUCCGCUGCCGACGCCCAGCGGGGGAAACCCGAGCUCUGUCUCGCCGGUACCGCCGAGAUCCCGCUCGCCGGCAUGAAGGCCGAUACAGUCAUAGAAGAAGCCGACUUACCUAUAAAAUACGUCGGCGUAUCGCGAUGCUAUCGUGCCGAGGCAGGAGCCCGCGGCGUGGAUACCAAGGGGCUGUAUCGUGUACACGAAUUCACCAAGGUGGAAAUGUUCGCAUGGACACCGCCCGACGCCGAUGCCACCACCGAGGUUUUCGACGAGAUGCUCGACCUGCAAACUGAGAUCCUCCAGGGGCUAGGCCUGCCGUGCCGCGUGCUCGAGAUGCCGUCGACCGACCUCGGCGCAUCAGCCACCCGCAAAUGCGACAUCGAGGCCUUCUUCCCAAGUCGUCGCGGCCCGGAGCGCGACGGCUGGGGCGAGGUUACGAGCGCGAGCAUAUGUACCGACUACCAGGCGCGCCGGCUAGCUACGCGACUACGCGGCGCUGCGGGUGCGGGCGCGGGCGGCAAGCUGGCGUAUCCCUGGACCGUCAACGGCACCGCGCUUGCCGUUCCCCGCGUCCUGGCCGCGGUAUUAGAGAACGGCUGGGACGAGUGCGAGAUGACGGUGGAGAUCCCCGAGUGCCUCCGGCCGUGGAUGGACGGCAAAGAGAAGAUCGGGGUGAAGCAUCGCCGCAGCUGAAAGGGCCUAUGGAAAUAAAAUAAAAUGUCUAUUCGCGCUUCCUGGGCUGGACGAUGCUUAUGGGCUUUGUGUGGGAAAUCCUACUUGGAUGUUAAAGGCGUGAGCGGACUACGCUCGUUGUAUUAUGAUUUUUGACUUACAUUAGGUACCUGGCACAUACCUAGGUAACCUUAGGUACAUGUAUCUACCAAUUGUCUUCAGCCCGCGAUUGAGUUAGCACCCGAUACGAGGAACACGAGUGAGGCGGGGGUAUUAUUUACCUACCUUGUAUGCAUAUUCUCAACUUAUAUCUCUUAUGGGAGGGGAGAUACGACAAAUGGAAAAAAAGAAAAGCGAUCACUUGUUAGGAGUGGUUCAUGUGUAAAUGCUA